UUAUUACAAUAAUUUACAAUAUUACUUAACAGUUAUCGUUACCAUGAUCGUUACGUUAAUACUUAUUACAAAUGUCAAAUCUCAAAUAGUACUUUAGUGUUUAGUGUUUAAUCUCACGGCUAUAGUAACAGUAGGCAGUAGCCGUGUUUCUACAGCUAAUGCCAAGUACUGUGGAUAGUAUUUGUUUUUAGCCUGUACUCUUACUUCUUAGUUUAUACUUAACUCUAUUGUGGAUUAAUAGACAUAACUUAUAAUAUUAUUUCUUUUUUUUUUUAAAUUGAAAUUCCAAAAUCGCAAUUUACUUGAAGAAUGUUGUUAAGAACUACCUAUUUAAAUAUUAAUGAAUUUUGUUGGUCUUCAAAAUAUUUUACUCAAUACAAAAAGUUUUUAAAUAUUUUGUAUAUUGAUGAUAAUAAUAUAUUAAUAUGAUGUGGGUGAUAGGUAUUUUGUUGUUGUAAAUCCGUCAUAAACAAUUCAUUUCAUUUAUCAAAUAUAUACCUGCUUUAUACAUCCAAAAUAAAUAUAUUAUUUAACUUAUAUUGAAAAUAAAAGAAUCAGUGUAAUUGAUGUUUUGAAAAUGACGGAGGUCAACUAUCGGUACAUAGCGUUUGAAAAUGAUCACACGUAUUUGAAAACUAAUAAUUUUAGCGAUGACAAUUUUCAAUUAUUGCAGACCAGCAUUUCUACAAUUGAUGAAAUUUAUUUUUAUUUUUAGACCCGAAAAUGAUGGAACUGUGUCAUCAAAAACUUCACCUACUAGAAAACAACAAAUUAAAGCUUGUAAAAAUAAAACUAAUCCAAUAAAAAUUAAUAUGGAUCUACAAAAAUCAACAUCAUUUUAUUUUCAUAACACUUUACAUUUUCCAUUAUCUACAGACUUUAAGAUAUCACAAAAUACAUUACCUAUUCAAAAAAUGAUUACUGGUAGCAGUUCAAGUGCAAGGCCUAUACAACCAAAAGUAUCAAAUACUUCAAAUAUUGUUCCUGUUACACAAACACAAUCAAAUGCACUACUUAUUCCAUCACAAAUUAAUUUUUUAAAAACAAAAUUACAAAAUAUAACAUCCGAAAAUACACUUGUGAAACCUACAUUGCCACUGAUACCACAGUUGAAACCUUUUAUUAAGCCUAUUAAGUCAAUAAAAAACAAAAUUGUUUAUGAUUAUAAAAACAAUACAUGCACAAUUGAAUUAGCUACAAAUUUAUGUCAGCGCUUAUUGAGUGGAGAAAAUAUGUUCAUGUGUAAGAAAUGUGAUAAAGUUUACACAGAACAUAGAGAUUUGUUGGAUCAUUAUAUGAUUCAUGGUAAAUGUGAAACAAACCCAAUAGUUCAAGAGAAAGAUAAAAGAGAGAACAUACCAAUCACUAAUGUAAAGAAAGAAAACAGAAAUGUUAGUAAAACAAUUAUUAAUAGUGAUAAAAAUGUUGCCAAACAAACUAUACCAGUUAUUAAAUCUACAUUAAACUCUAAAAAAAAUAAAGUUGUUUUUCAAGGAGAGUGCAUUAUGUGUCAUUCAGUAUUUCCUGAUCUUGGAGAACAUAUAAGAACUGUUCACCAAAAUGACUUAGCUAAAAAUAAAGUUAAUACAUUUUGUUGUACAACAUGUGGAAUAGAGUUUGAUAUUAAACAACAACUACGUGCUCAUGAGUUAUCUGCGCAUAAAUCUGCUAACGUAUAUACUUGUGAACAUUGUCUUAAACUCUUCUCGUGUAAAGAAGACUUAGAUACACAUAUUGAAACACAUUAUAGUGACAUUAUGAAGUAUUUAUGUCCAUAUUGUGAUGCUGGUUUUCCUAAUUCAAAUGGAUUAAGAACUCAUCUCAUUAAUCAUAUUGGUUACGAUAGUCCUGAAUACUCAACUUCAGAAACACCAGUCUAUCAAAUUGAAUAUAGCCCAACAAGACCACCUGAAAAACUUGAUCAGUUAAUUUCUGAAUUAGAUAAUGUUCCAGAAGAUAUCGAUGAUGUUUAUAUAGAACAAGUUGAUGACGAUAAUUAUCAAGUCAGUUUUAGAAAGGGUGAUGAAGAUAAUGCAUCAUCACAAAUAAACUUGCUUAUUGACGAUAAGCAUGAAGUUGAUACAGAACUAAACAAUUCAACUUCAGAAGAUAAUAAAAAAAUUAUCAUUAAUGAACACCAAACAUCAUUGUUAAAUAAAAAGCGAAUAAGUUAUACAGUGUGUAGAAUAUGCAUGAUUAUUGUAAGUUAUUCAAGAAUUGGUAGACAUAUGAAGAAAAAACACAAUAAUGCUGCUCCCUACCAAUGUGAAAUAUGUCACGCUGAGUUUAAUCGAAAGCACAUCAUGGAUGACCAUAGAAGAAAACACACAAAUAAUAAACCUCACAAGUGCACAGAAUGUUCUAAAUGUUUUACCUACAAACACCACCUAAAUCGGCACAUGAUGAUAGUUCACAAUUCUGGCACAUUAGAAAAACUAUUCAAAUGUUCUGUAUGUGAUAAAGCAUUUUCAUUUAAGGAGUAUUUGACACUACAUGUAAAUAGCCGCCAUAAGGGUAAACAUUAUAUGUGCCAAGUUUGUGGAAAAAGUUUUUCUACCAAUGCUGCAUUGAAUAAACACCAGUUGUGUCAUACAGACGAACGACCAUUCAUGUGUGAACAUUGUGGACGGACAUUUAAAUGUAAAACUCAUUGUGACACUCACAAAAAAAAUAUGCAUCCUGGGGAUCCACAACUAACAGCCCCACCAGAAAAAUUUGAAUGUGAACUUUGUAAAAAACUAUUUAGCACAAAAGUAUACCGCGAUAUGCACCUUAAGCGACAUAAUGGUCAAGGUCAUCAAUGUGAUAUAUGCUAUAAACUGUUUGUUUCCAAGGCACACAUGCAAAGGCAUAUUAAAAUAAUGCAUCGAAAUACAUUGUGAAUCGUUAUUAGUUAUAGUUUUAUUUUUGUUUAAUGUUUGUUUUGUAAACAUUUGUAUUACUUCUUAAAUACAUUUGACUAUUUCAAUUUUA